GGCGGGCAGGCAUGGCGGCGGCGCGGCGGGUGCGCUGGGCGCUGGCGGCGGUGCUGGCGGCGGCCCUGGCGGCAGCGCUGGACAACGGGCUGGCCCGCACGCCGCCCAUGGGAUGGCUGCACUGGGAGCGCUUCCUCUGCGGCACGGACUGCGCCAGCGACCCGCGCCGCUGCGUCAGCGAGCGGCUCUUCGUGGAGAUGGCCGACGUGAUGGCUGCGGAGGGCUGGAGGGACGCGGGCUACGAGUUCGUCUGCAUCGACGAUUGCUGGAUGGCCCCGGCGCGGGACGAGCGCGGCAGGCUCCGGGCUGACCCGCAGCGCUUCCCCAGCGGGAUCCGCAAGCUGGCAGACUACGUCCACUCCAAAGGGCUGAAGCUGGGAAUCUACAGUGAUGUCGGGAACAAGACGUGUGCUGGCUUCCCUGGGAGUUACAACCACUAUGAGCUGGAUGCCCAAACGUUUGCCUCCUGGGGUGUGGACCUGCUGAAGUUUGAUGGCUGCAACUCGGACACCCUGGAGCUGCUGGCAGAAGGUUACAGGCGCAUGUCUCUGGCCCUGAACAGGACUGGAAGGAGCAUCGUGUACUCCUGCGAGUGGCCGUUCUACCUGAGGCCUGCACAGCAGCCCAAUUACACAGAGAUCAAACAGUACUGCAACCACUGGAGGAACUUUUUUGAUGUCUACGAUUCCUGGAGCAGCAUCAAGAGUAUCUUGGAAUGGACAGCCCUUCACCAGGACAGCAUUGUGAAGAUAGCUGGGCCAGGGGGUUGGAAUGAUCCUGACAUGCUGGUGAUUGGAAACUUUGGGCUGAGCUGGGACCAGGCAGUGAGUCAGAUGGCAAUGUGGGCUAUUAUGGCCGCUCCCCUCUUCAUGUCCAACGACCUGCGGCACAUCAGUCCUGAGGCCAAGUGGCUGCUCCAGCACAAAGAAGUGAUUGCCAUCAACCAGGAUCCACUGGGCAAGCAGGGAUACCGAAUUACCAAGGACAAGAACUUUGAGCUGUGGGAGCGGCCCCUGUCUGGCCGAGCCUACGCCGUGGCAGUGCUGAACCAUCAGGAGAUCGGGGGACCCCAGAACUUCACGUUCUCCCUCACCUUCCUGGGCAACGGGCUGGCCUGCAACCCAGCGUGCUUCAUCCGGCAGAUCCUGCCAGUCAGCAGGGACUGGGGGAUCUACAACUGGGUCUCCUUCCUGAACGUGGAGGUGAACCCAACGGGCACCGUGCUGCUGAAAGUAGUGGCAGCAUAGGAGACACAAGGACAAUCUUUUAAUAAGCCUCAAAGUCUUUAACUUCUUGCCACAAGAAGCCUGUUUCUUCCAAGCAAGGUGCCUUUUUGUUCUCUCCUCAGACAUUCACUACUCAAGUGCUUCUACGUGGAUUUUGAACCUUCAGCCUAAUGUAACAAUAACACCCAUCACCAAAAGGGAACAGAGAAAGGGGUGCUGCUUCUCUUCUGUUUACCCUUCCUCUGGCAUCUCACCCCAAUCCUCCAAGGGGCUGUAAGGGCUCAGCAUGGCAGCAACUCCUGUUGAUGCCCACUACCACUACCAACCAGAGAAAUGCAAAGGAUCCAUACAGCAUCUCACAGCUGUCCUUCAGCAUUUGGUGAACAGUAAGGAAAACACCCUGGCAUGCCCUGCCCUAGGCUGAGGCAUGCAGACCAAGAACAGAAAAAGCUGCUUCUACUGCUGAAGAAACCAAACACUCAAGACAGUGGACAUCUAUCCUCUUGACAGCUCAGGGACUGGCAUUAACCACUGCACAUCUUGGCAACUGCUUUCCUGACAGCUGCUGCUUACUAUAAAUGUGAUUUAAGUA